UAUUUUGAGUUACUCCCCCUGAUAAAAAUUGUUGACAGUCCUUUCAGACACAUUGUUGAUAUUUUUCUGGAUUCGUUUACAUGGUAGUUGACAUUCCAUGGCUCAAGGAAAUAAAAAGCUAAAUGCGCCAGGAAUCGCGUCAAAGAAAGAAAAGAAUAGAACGAAAAAGCAAAAUAUGAAAAAAGGAGGCAAAUACAUUGCACCAAAGAAACACAAGGUCAUGGAGCAAGCUAAACUGAAGAAGGCUUUGGACAAGGCAAUUAAAACAAACAUUGAGCAAGAGAUCACACAAAAGGUGAAGUCAGUAGAAGCAAAGGCCUUUAAAAUGGUUGCCAGUCCAUCAGGAGCUAGUUCUUCAAAGAAACCAAAUGAGCCAGCAAAAAUUAAAAUGAAAUAGAGUCGUGAUGUUUCAAUUCUUGUUCAUUUUGUGAUGGGACAAAGUAGGGAUGUGUCCAAAAAGUGGCUACAGUGAAAAUUUCAUGAUCACUAUAUUGUUGUUAUUAUUAUUGACAUCUGGAUAAUUAUUAAGCAUGUAUAUGUAACAGACUCAGUGGGGGAAUCCGAGAUAGGCAACAACUCACAUUUAUGAACAUGUUACUCACUGGACACUGUAUCGCUAUUGCGGAGGUGUUUGUGGUAGGUUAAAACUUGCAUGUUAUCAUAACACCAAAAGUAAAGCAUGCAGUAAUCUUUUAAAAAUGACAGAAACUUUUUUAGUACAUUGUACCUAGAUUUGAAAAAAUGCAAGAACAUGUAUAAUAAGAGCACUUAAAGUUACUGUUUUAAUGUGAUGCCUUUUCUUCCAUGAUGUAUGUUCUUUUUGAUUACCUAUGCUGAUUGCUGAGUGUAUAUAGCUUUACGAAAAAGAAUUCAUGUGAAAGGUUUAGUGCAUACUAUGGUGUGUGUACAAUUUAACAAGUAACAUAAUUGUUAAUACAUUUAUCUAACAUGCACAUUUUUUGUUAAAACUGUUAUUCUUCCCAAUAGGGAAAGUAACUUAGCCAAUUGUGGAAAAUUAGGACAAAAACCCUGAAAUUUUGAAAAUUUGCAUCCUUAAAUCUUCAGAUUUGAGAAUUAUUGGUUGUUUUAAUUGGAUUUUUCUUAAUUGCACAAACCCAUCUAAAUACUUCUGACAUGCCUUUUUAAUAUUCAAUUCCAGUUCUCAUUUUAUUUGUUCACUAAUACAUGUACAUAAUGUUCUUUUGAAACAAAAUGGACAACUUUCCUUCAGUUUUGGAAUUUUUGGACGGCAAUUGGGAAUUCUGUAUUUUUUCUUUGAUUGGGAAAAUUGUUUUUACAGAACCAGGGUACUUCAUAAAGAUGGAAAAAAUCGCUGUAGCUACACAAUUAAGUAUUAUGUAAAUGCACAUUUGAAAAAACAGGUAUUAUGAGUCGAGUACCCUUAGAAAUAAAGUAUAUAUACAUAGAUUUUCUAAUACAUGUAAAUAAUCCCUGUGUUAAAUUGAGAUAAUUUAUUAUGCCCCCCUUCCAAGAAGAGGGGGUAUAUUGUUUUGCACAUGUCCGUUCGUUGGUUGUCCGUCGGUCAGUCCGUCCACCAGAUGGUUUCUGGAUGAUAACUCAAGAACACUUAGGCCUAGGAUCAUGAAACUUCAUGGGUACAUUAAUAAAGACUGGCAGAUGACCCCUAUUGAUUUUCAGGUCACUAGGUCAAGGUCACAGUGACUCAAAAUAGUAAAAUGGUUUCCGGAUGAUAACUCAAGAAUGUUUACGGCUAGGAUCAUGAAACUUCAUAGGUACAUUGAUCAUGACUGGCAGAUGACCCCUAUUAAUUUUCAGGUCACUAGGUCAAAGGUCCAGUUCACAGUGACUCGAAACAGUAAAAUGGUUUCCUGAUGAUAACUCAAGAAUAAUUAGGCCUAGGAUCAUGAAACUUCAUGGGUACAUUAAUUAUGACUGGCAGAUGACCCCUAUUGAUUUUCAGGUCACUUGGGCAAAGGUCAAGGUCACAGUGACACACAAAAAAACACAACGUAUUCACACAAUGGCUGCCACUACAACUGACAGCCCAUAUGGGGGGCAUGCAUGUUUUACAAACAGCCCUUGUUACAUUUAUACCGAUAAGCCUUUGUGAUGCAAACAAUGGAGUGCUUGCAAUAUUUAUUUUGGGGAUUGCUGACAUGAAUAAUAAAUUAAGAAAUAAUU